AGUGGGAGGUGCCGCGCGCGGGCCGGCGCUCGACCCCUCCCCCCGAGGCUCGGCCGCCCCCUCCCCCCGCUCCGCCCGCUCAGAGCAUGAUGGCAGCGGCGUCCGAGGUAGCUGGUGUGGUGUCCAAUGCCCCCAAUCCUCCAGAAUCCUCUCCUAGUUUAUGUGCUUCCAAAUCAGACGAAGGUCUCCCAGAUGGUCUAAGCCCCAAAGACCCUGCACAGAAGCACAAGAACUCGCCUCUGUCGAGUACUGACUUUAAGACGGCCGAUUCAGAGGUAAACACAGAUCAAGAUAUUGAAAAGAAUCUGGACAAAAUGAUGACGGAGAGAACCCUGUUGAAGGAGCGUUACCAGGAGGUCCUGGACAAGCAGAGGCAAGUGGAGAAUCAGCUCCAAGUGCAAUUAAAGCAGCUCCAGCAAAGGAGAGAAGAAGAAAUGAAGAACCACCAGGAGAUACUAAAAGCUAUCCAGGAUGUAACAAUAAAGCGAGAAGAAACAAAGAAGAAGAUAGAGAAAGAAAAGAAGGAGUUUUUGCAGAAGGAGCAGGAUCUGAAAGCUGAAAUCGAGAAGCUUUGUGAGAAGGGCAGAAGAGAAGUGUGGGAAAUGGAACUGGAUAGACUCAAGAAUCAGGAUGGUGAAAUAAAUCGGAACAUUAUGGAAGAGACAGAACGGGCCUGGAAGGCAGAGAUCUUAUCACUAGAGAGUCGGAAAGAGUUGCUGGUAUUGAAACUAGAAGAAGCAGAAAAAGAGGCAGAACUGCACCUUACUUACCUCAAGUCAACCCCCCCAACACUAGAGACAGUUCGUUCCAAACAGGAGUGGGAGACAAGGCUGAAUGGAGUUCGGAUGAUGAAAAAGAAUGUUCGGGACCAGUUUAACAGUCAUAUCCAGUUGGUGAGGAACGGAGCCAAGCUAAGCAGCCUUCCUCAAAUCCCUACUCCCACUUUGCCUCCACCCCCAUCAGAGACAGACUUCAUGCUUCAGGUGUUUCAGCCAAAUCCCUCUCUGCCUCCUCGGAUGCCCUUCUCCAUUGGGCAGGUCACAGUGCCCAUGGUUAUGCCCAGCGCAGAUCCCCGCUCCUUGUCUUUCCCAAUCCUAAACCCUGCCCUUUCCCAGCCCAGCCAGCCUUCCCCGCCCCUUCCUGGCUCCCAUGGGAGAAACAGCCCUGGCUUGGGUUCCCUCGUUGGCCCCCACGGUCCACACAUGCCCCCUGCUGCCUCCAUCCCGCCUCCCCCAGGCUUGGGCGGUGUUAAGGCUUCUGCUGAAACUCCCCGGCCCCAACCAGUAGACAAACUGGAGAAGAUCCUGGAGAAGCUACUGACUCGCUUCCCACAAUGCAAUAAGGCCCAGAUGACCAACAUUCUUCAGCAAAUCAAGACCGCACGGACCACCAUGGCAGGCCUGACCAUGGAGGAACUGAUGCAGUUGGUAGCGGCCCGCCUGGCCGAACACGAGCGGGUGGCAGCCAGUACCCAGCCACUCGGUCGGAUCCGGGCCUUGUUCCCUGCUCCGCUGACCCAAAUCAGUACCCCAAUGUUCUUGCCUUCUGCCCAAGUUUCGUAUCCUGGAAGGUCUUCACACGCCCCAGCCACCUGUAAGCUGUGUCUCAUGUGCCAGAAGCUUGUCCAGCCCAGUGAGCUGCAUCCAAUGGCAUGCACCCAUGUGCUGCACAAGGAGUGUAUCAAAUUCUGGGCCCAGACCAACACAAAUGACACUUGUCCCUUUUGUCCAACUCUUAAAUGACGGACCUGACUGGGGAGGAAGAAGAGGAGAAACUGAUGUGAACAGGAAGCGCGGGUUCAAGAUUUCUAAAACUCUAUAUUUAUACAGUGACCUAUACUCAUGCCAUGUACAUUUUUAUUAUAUAGGUAAUGUGUGUAUAGAAAGUCUGUAUCCAAAUGUUCGUAAAUGAAAGUAUGUAUAUUAUGCAGAAAUGGUCUCUCCCCCUCACCUUGCAAUUCCUUCAGGGGAUGCAGAUUGUAGGUAAGAUGAUGUUUAGUUUGCCCUUGAAAUUCAUGAUAUCCUUGCCUGGGGCUGUUUUCAAGUACAAUAUAAAAACCAUCUAGGAAGCUGCUGUUACCCUAAGGCCAUCCUGCUUUGAUUUGGCUCAGCCUCUAGUUCAUUUUCUUAAGGCUCAUGUAUGCAGAUUUGAACCCUGGUGCUCACCUGCUGUCCAACCAGAUGCCUUGCUUACUGAAAGCCUACGGAAGUCUCAGUGUUGUUCUAGCCACUCGACUCCAAAUGGAUAAAAUGAGACUGAUUGAGGAAAAAAAAAUGUAACCCUAAUAGUUUGAAUUUUCAUUGAAUAUUUUACUGUGUUAACGCUCAUUAUUUGCACAUAGACAUUAGGUUUACAGAAUAGUCUGUUUUACAUCAGCAAAAUUCACAGUCCAAGAAUACCAACAUAAUUGGGUCCCAUUUCUCCCAUGCCCCCCGAAAGCUUCUGUCCAUCUGACUUCCUGGAUAGUCCUCUGUUUAGAAACUAGCACAGCCCACAGAUCUUUCCUGGGCCAAGCCAUCCCUUGCUACCACUGACUUGGCUUCCGAUCAAGCUCUGACAGACCAACCUUGUGAAGGCCUCACCUCUUCCCCUUCACUUCUGGUCUCCUGGUCAGUUAGUCCCCCUCCCCACUGAAGGUUAAGGCAGUUGGUUCACAACCAAGUUGUUUGGUGACCUUGGGUGAGCUCUAGGCAGGCACUGGUGUGAGGAGAUGUCUGUGCAAAAUUACUUGCAGAAUGAUGUUGGGAUGCCAGAUUUUAAUUUUUGAAGCAAGAAAAUUAUGGGGGACAUGUUUCCUAUCCUCGGAGAAAUGGAGGCCAAAGUGACAUGAAGGGGGGUUGGAGUUUAAGUUUAGAAGUCAUUUGUUCUGUAUAGGUAGCUGUCUAGAACGAGAUCACUUUCCCACCUCUGCUUAUUGAGCACUUCUGGUGUUUAGGAUUACACCUGUGAAAGCUGUGAAUCUAUGAGAGCUUUGACUCUUUUCCUAUCCUUUUAUCUUUACUCCUACAGGAAAUGGCUUCAGCUUCCUUUUCUUUUGGAUUAAACAAGGAAAAACUAAGUGUUAGUU